UCGACGUUGCACGCUAUGGCCACGCCCCCUGCGUGGGAUCUUUCCGCCGGACUGUCAGCUGUAAUCACCGAACAUCAAGCCGAAGCACACCUAAAAAAAAUGACUGACCAAGGGCUGACCGGGCUGACGAACGAAGCAGCCGCCGCUGCGUGUAAAGACGGAAACCCCAUCACUAAAGACUUCAUGAUGCAGCAGACAAUGCUGAGGGUUAAGGAUCCAGUUAAAUCCCUGGAUUUCUACACGCGCAUCCUGGGAAUGACGCUGUUACAGAAGUUUGAUUUUCCCUCCAUGCGAUUCACCCUCUACUUUCUGGGUUAUGAGGAUAAGAAAGAGGUCCCUGCAGAUGUGAAGGAGAGGACAGCCUGGACGUUCUCCCGCAGAGCCACUAUAGAGUUCACACAUAACUGGGGUUCAGAGACCGAUGACAGCAUAUCUUACCACAACGGGAACUCAGACCCAAGAGGCUUUGGCCAUAUUGGAAUUGCUGUCCCGGAUGUCUAUGCUGCCUGCAAGCUGUUUGAAGAGAAUGGAGUGACCUUUGUAAAAAAGCCAGAUGAUGGUAAAAUGAAGGGGCUGGCCUUUAUUCAGGAUCCUGACGGUUACUGGAUUGAGAUUCUCAGCCCCAACAAGAUGGUGUCCAUCACUUCUUAAAGACUGUUGUUAUGCUGUGACCUGAUCAGAAGACACUAGUUAUGAAAUUCAAGGACAGUUUGGGAUAAAAAAAAAAAAGUGAUAUCUCUGUGCUCAGUGAAGACAGACAAUCUUUAUGUAUAACAGCGGCAGUGUGUUAGG